AUGGCAUACUUUGGGAGGGCGCCUUUCUCACACAGUGAAUUUUGUGAAGGACAGGCUGGGGACCAAGCAUCUUGCCCAAUGUACCAUUCUGGUUCUGCUGGAGAGGUCCGUCUAGGAUUCGAUCGAAUAGUUGAUGAAGUCAGCAAUGAGUUUUUUUUUUAUGGUUCGUCACAUUCACAUCAUCAUGAAGAAAUUUUUUUCCCAUCGGAUGUCUUUGGUCUGAACGUGCCUGACCAGCAGUUUUGUGGUCAGCCUCUAGUUCCUUAUGGUGAACUUUGCCCUGGGAAUCCUAUCUCUCACUGGCAGCAAGACACAGUGUCACCAAUGGUUGGCUUCAGAUCUUCUUUACUAUCCGAUUACAGAAACUUCUCUCUGGUGGAUCCCUACCCCUACAGUCAAGAGAGAGAAUUCUAUGGAGAGAAUACUCUAAGUCCAGUCACAAGUGUGUUUGAGUCAAACGUGGAAAGAGGCAACACAAAUCUGAAUUUUCAGAUAGGCUUUGACAAUGUAGAUGCUCAAUGUCCUGUUUUCUUAGACAACUAUCCAUUUGGACAAGAAGCGAGAGGUCAAAGUGGAAAUGGGGCAGCUUGUUUAACCAACACUUCCAGAAGAUGCGACAUAGGACCUAUGUGGCCCACAAGCUUUGGACAUGACAGAGAGGCUAUGGGUUGGUCUAUCCAGCUGGUUGAAGCACAUCAAGGAAGCAAUGAAAACACAGUCGCUUUUUGCAAUGCAGUGGAGAAGAUAAGAAAUGCCUAUCCUGCUUCUGACUUGAAGACAAAUACUGGGAAAAUCUGGAGUGUCGCAACAAGGUUCCCAGACCAGGUCCUCGAUGAAUCAAAAUUCAAAAUCAGUGUUUGGACAGAUUCUUCACCAUAUCCUCUGCUUCUUACGCAGCAUGCUGGCUGUAUCACUCAUGACUUAAUUGUUGAGCUCCUCCGUUGCACAAAUCAAUACCCAGUCCAGACGGAGUGCCUUCUAAGUGUUUGUGGGUCUGAUGAAUUCUUACAAAAUAAUCAUACUUUGGGAAGCCAUGAAAGCCUUCGCAAGGCAACCACCUGCAUUCAGCUUCAACUACACACCACUAGUGAUUUGAAGCAAAGUUUGGCUCGAACGCAUGAGGAUGACCAAAGACGGUUCAGUGUGAAUCAGCUAUUAGAAAACACUUGUGCCUGGAGGCUGACUCGACAGAACCUUGUCUCAGUUGUUAUGAAAUAUAGAGGUCAAGUGGAGGAUCUAUUGCAAAAUGAGGUAUUUAAGGUUGAUAAUGUGAUUGAAGCAGCUAAAGCAAUCUGCAGUGUCCUCUGUUUUGUGGAAACCAGGGACAUUACUGAUGCAGUCAAGAAACUCCGUGCAGUGCCAUUGGUGAACGCACAGAAUUCACUUCAAAGUGUAGAAACACCAGACAAAGCAUUAAUAGAGGCUGCUGUGACUGAGCUGUCCAUGGCCAUCUCUUGUCUCAUCCAUGUUUACAGCAGCAGCUUUGAUGCAAAUUUCCAGCUUGCCAGCAUACCUAAAAGCCCUUCAUGUACAGACAUCAGCCUAGACUCCCAGCUCAGCUUCACUGUUUAUGCUGCCCAUAACAUCCCAGAAGCCUGGGUGAACAGCUACAAAGUUUUCUCUUUUUCCUGUUCACUGACUUAUGCUGGGAAGACAAUAUGUCAAGUGAAGAUUUGCAAAAAUAUACUGAUUAAAAGAUCCUUCUUUUUCUUGACUGACUGGAAUGAGAAAAUCAGCUUUCUUGGAGUAAACAAUGCCUCUAAAAAUACAGAAGUGCUUGCUUGGACAUGCUCCCCAUUGUAUCCAAAAGAGUAA